GUCCCUGUGUGUUGGAACUUGGAUCUCAGGAGCCAGUAGUGCCUAUUAGCUAUAGCCACCAUGGAAUUCCGGAGUUUCACUUAUCACCAACAGUCUAUUUAACCCUCCCAAUUAAAGCUCCCACCAGCUUAAGGAUCUUGAAUUCCUGAUAACUACCUGUGCUCCUUCUUUUCACAAGACAUCCUCUCCCUCCCUCCCUCCUCCCGUAGACAUCACAAGCCCUGUGGGGAACUAUGAGGGUGUCUCUUUUUGGUUUUCACUGCCUACAGAUUUUGAACUGGGUGCAAAACAAAUUCGUUGGGAGACAAAAGAAGAAUAAAGUUGAUGUUGGGUCAAGUUCAGCUCGUCAUACCACCAUGCCUGAUACUCAUAAAGACGAAUUCAGUGACUGGCCCCAAGCGUUACUCGCCAUCGGGACAUUUGGUAACAGUGAGUUGGAGGAAGAUACAGCAACAUAUGAUUCCUCAAAGAGCUUGUAUACUCUGCAAGAUCAACCGGACCUUCUGCUAGAAGAAGUGAUUAAAUUUCAGAAGGAAUUAGCUAAACUACUUGCAGCCGAGCCCAAGUCUAGAACUGAUGAAUCAGAGAUGGAAUGGGGAAAAGAGUUCUGCGAUGGUUUCGAUGAUGAAGACAAUUGUGAUCUCUCGCCAAAUAGCAAGAUCAUCUUGAACAGAGCCAAAAAUUUGUUAGCAGACCCUAGAGGUGCAAUUAAGAAAAAAUCAAUCUCAUUUCUCCUCAAGAAGAUGUUUGUUUGCAAGAGUGGCUUCGGUCCGGCUCGUAACUUAAGGGAUCCAUUUCCUGAGUCAAAAAUAGAGAAGCUGCUGAAGACUAUGCUUCACAAGAAAAUACAUCCUCAAAAUUCUAAUUCAACAUCAAAACCGAAGCACUUGGAGAAGAAACAGGAGGAGAGAACACAUGCUGAGGACAAGAUGCAUGAGGAAGAAAAGGAUGGUGGCAAAUGGGUCAAGACAGACUCAGAAUACAUUGUCCUAGAGAUGUAAUACCAUACAAAGCUUCACUGUGACUGAUGAAUGAGGAAAGAAGAAGAAGAAGAAGAAGAAGAGAGUUAUCAUUUCACCUUGACCAUAUCUACACGUACAUCGAAUUUGUGGCUAUUUGUUAGCUGUAUGAUUUGUCUUGUCCUAUAGCUAUAUAGGAGUGUGACUUGUCUUGUCUUGUAGCUGUAUAGUAGCUGUAUCUUGGCUGUACCUUACUUGUACACAGCCACCCUCAUCUAUAAAAGAGAGGGCUAUGACACUGUUCUGAGAAUGAAGAAGUAUACAAGCAUAUGCUUUUCUUC